CGUUAAACAAAAUAAACCAAACCAAACGUACUUAUAUAACUUAAUGAUUUAUAAAAGUCCGUGAUAAAUCAAAUAAUGCAUUUGCCAACUUUCAAACAAGUGUUAUUUGUCCCGAUACAAUGAAACCCUGUGUAAAGCUUAAUUUCUAUUUGAAUGCCAUUCAACAUCAUACGUGGAAAUUUUCUCCAUAUUUACUCUGCAACAUGCCAAAUAAAUGAGAAAUUCUAAUGGAUUAAUCUUGGAAAUGGGUAAUGAUAUCACGUAAAGAUGUGUUAAAUCCUCUGUAUAUUUAUUUACAAAUCACAUCGAUUAAAUGGUCAAUUUGUAGCGUACAGCAGCAUACCUGGUUAUGCCCCCUGUUACAACAGUCACCACCUGGUGACGUGUAUCGGAGUAUAAAUACCACAGGUACACAAUACACUAGGUAAUGUGUAAGGGCCGGGUGUCUGUCCGCAGCAAUGGGAGGCAUAUUCGGUAAGUUAUCCCGGAAACGUCAAAUGAGAGUGUUGUUAAACGGGCUUGAUGCUGCAGGUAAAACAACAACUCUAUACAAACUCAGACUGGGGGAAGUCGUCACGACAAUUCCUACAAUCGGUUUGAACAUUGAGACGGUGGAGUGUAAAAAAAUACAGUUGGUGACUUGGGACAUUGGAGGCAGGGGCUUCUUGCGGCCCCUAUAUAGAAAUUACUAUGCCGAGACUGAUGCGGUUGUUUUUGUGGUUGACAGCAAUGAUAAAGUACGAACUGAACAAGCCCAGAAGCUACUUCUCGCUAUCGUGAAUGAAGACAUGCUCAAGAAAGUGAUUAUUGUCAUAAUGGCUAACAAACAGGAUUUACCCGGAUCUAUGACUCCAGAGGAGGUCCACGAGAAACUGGACGUGGAUUCUAUCUGUAAAACUCACACGUGUAAAGUGUUUGGUACCUCAGCCACCACCGGUGAGGGACUGUAUGACAUGCUCGAUUGGCUUGUAGAGGCUGUCAAUAAGAAACAAGCAACAGCGUUACUGAGAGGAAAGGACGAGUGUGUAACUGUUGAAAAGGAUUCUAAGUCAUCAUACUUUACAACGCCUUUGUCAUAUAUCAAACACGUGUUUUCAAAAGUGUAAGGAAAGUUAAGUUCGAUUAUAUCACCAACGUCACAGUCACAAUACUGGAAUAAUUUACAUAUGGCCAUUUUUAG